UGUGCUUGGCGAUCGUUAUCCUCCAUCCGUUAAACUUUCGAUAUUGUGGACAUUGGCACAGCUCCUUGAUAAGGUUGAUUCCCUUCUUCGACCGUUUCUGCCACAACUGCAAAGUACAUUUUUAAAAGCACUUCAAGAACCGACAUCCCGAAAAGUACGUCUCUAUUCGGGUGGAGCACUUUCACGUCUUCUCACAAUCCAUCCGAAGCCAGAACCGAUUGCGGCCGAAUUGAUCAAAUUAUUGGCGAAUUCGGAUGAUGCUUCAUUA